AGAUUUUUUUAUCUGUGUUGUCAAUUGGCUGUGCACGAAGUCGUACGCGACGAAAUACGGAAUUUUCUAUUUUUAUCCCCAUUACAAGUUAAAUACAAACAUUUAUGCAGUCCGACGAGGAGGACAGCGCUCUGCAUUCAUGCUUCGAUUCGCUGAAGAGCGCAGUCAUGGGCUGUUGUUAUAGCAUUUGCCAUAAAGAAUCGGAUCCACAGGAGAACAUAGUGAAUGAGCGGACACAUUUGCUAGAAGUGCCUGAACAACCGCAGGAGACGCCGGUGCCGGUGGCAUCUGCAUCCACCCCACCGAGGAAGCCAGAUGAGCAGAGUGCACUCAACAGGAUACUACAUGAGACUGCCACCAACGUGAUAGACGUAGGCGCUCUCGGGCCGUACGCGCUCGAACCAGGCGCGUACAGCGAGCGUGUUCGCGCGUACACAGCUCGCGUGGCGCAGGCGCCGCAGCCGCCGCCGCCCGCGCCACGCCUGCUGGCUGACGUGCCGCAUGCGGAGCGCGCCGCGCUGCUGGCGAGGCCGCCGCUGCCGGCGAGUGAUAGGGACCUGAUAACGAAUGCCGUCAAGAAAGCGGCGGCAGCCAUCUCCGAGCUUCGUGUGGAACACCACGAGGACCUGGUGGUGCCCUUCCGGGUGCCAUAGCAGCGGACCCCUUCGUCGUGCGAGGGCGACCGCCGAAGCUACUGACGGCACCCCAGUGGCCCGUGGUAAGACGACUAUUCGAUAGAGUGAAUGGAACGAGUGAACCGCAAUGUUUGCGUUCAUUCAUUCUGUAUUUAUGAGGUUUAUCUGUUAUAAUUCGGGGAUAAUUUCAGAUCAUUAAAUGAAUGAAUGAAUAUUGACUCGUUCAUUCAUUUGAUAUAAAGAAGUUUGAACUUUAUCUGGUGUUGUUUGGUUACAAAUUGUAAACAUAAAUUGGAU